CGCUGCCGCGCGUUCCCCGAGGGCCCGCGGAGUUGCCGGCGCUCCCCGAAGUUUUCCCGGAGCUCCGGGAUGGCGGGCGCCGCCCACUGCUCCCUGCAGGCCAAGCGCCUGCUGCUGGACCCCAAGUUCGAGGGCUACAAGCUGUCGCUGGAGCCGCUGGCCUGCUACCAGCUGGGUCUGGAUGCGGCUGUAGCAGAAGUGCAGCUUCGUGAUGAUCAAUAUACCCUUGACCACAUGCGUGCUUUUGGCAUGUAUAAUUAUCUUCACCUUGAUUCCUGGUACCAGGAUAAUGUCUACUAUGUUGAUCAGUUUGGAAGGGUUAUGAAUCUAUCAGUGACUCUGGACACUGCUCUGCAAAAACCAAGAGAAGUUUUCAGGCUACCUACAGACUUGACUGCAUGUGAUAAUCGCCUUUGUGCCUCAAUGCAUUUCUCAUCCUCCACGUGGGUUACCCUUUCUGAUGGUACAGGAAGACUGUAUUUAAUUAAAUCAGGCAAGCGUGGAAGCAGUGCAACUGAAAAGUGGGAGAUUGUGUUUAAUGAAGAACUAGGAAGUCCAUUUAUUGUAGCACACAGUGUUUCGUUUAUAAAAUCUGAUGCACAUUCAGUAGCUGUGCUGUUGCUUAGGGUAGAAAAAGAUGAACUGGACACAAAAGGAAGUGGAUUUCAUGUUACUUUGGAAUGGGUUACAAUUGCAGAAGGAAAAGAGGGUGAUCAUAGAUACGAAAUCAUUAAAAGGAGAGUUUUGCAAGGAAAAUCAGUUCCCCAUUAUGCAGCAAUAGAGCCAAGUGGGGAUGGUCUAAUGAUUGUUUCCCACAAACCAUUCACAUUUAUGCAAAGUGAAAGUGACAAAUUGGAAGAAAAUGAUGAAGCAAAAGUAUCAAAUGAAAAGAAAGACCCUCUCUACUACUGGCAGCAGACGGAAGAUGAUGUGACCAUAACAGUUCACCUGCCUCAAGACAUCACAAGAGAUGACAUAAAAAUACAUUUUUCCCCGAAUAAUAUAUGUGUUACACUAAAAGACCAGCCUCCUUUGAUGGAAGGAAAGCUCUAUUCAUCUGUGGACCAUGAAAGCUGCACGUGGAUAAUUAGAGAGGACAAAAGUUUGGAAAUCUCUCUGAUUAAGAAAAAUGAGGGAUGCAGGUGGACAGAGCUAAUCGUUGGUGACACAAGAGGGGAAUUCAUUAUAGACCCCUCCCAAUGCUCUGAAAUAGCUGAAAGCCUGAUGCAUCUUACCUCUGAAGUAAUGAAUCCAAACCCCGAAAAGGAAAACCCACCUUGUAAUGCUCAAGAGUUAGAAGAAUGUGAUGCUUUUCUUGAAGAUGGUGCAAGCUUGAGCAGAUUUGAUGGUGAUACCUUGAAAGUCACUCAUAUAAUUAAUCUUGGAAGCAACCAGUAUCUUUUCUCUGUUGUUGUGAAUCCCAAAGAAAUGCCAUGCUUCUGCCUGAGGCAUGAUGUUGAUGCUCUUCUCUGGCAGCCUCACUCUGACCAACCAGAGAAUAUGUGGGAACACAUUGCAACUUUUAAUGCUUUAGGUUAUGUCCAAGCAUCAAAGCAAGACAAGAAGUUCAUGGCUUGUGCUCCAGAUUACUCCUACGCUGCUCUUUGCGAGUGCUUGCGAAGAGUUUUCAUCUAUCGCCAGCCGACUCCUCUGGCUACAGUUCUCUACAACAGGAAGGAAGGAAGACAAGUAGGACAGGUUGCUAAGCAGCUGGUAGCAACCCUGGAAGCCAAUGAUCCUAUCUUAGGCUUUCAAGCUACGAGUGAGAGAUUAUUUGUUCUCACAACAAAAACCUUGUUUUUAAUAAAGGUGAACUCUGGAAAUUAAUUAUUCAGUGUGCUCUGCUAUAGUUUGUGUUAACAAUUUGUUACAGAAGUGAAUAGGUUGACUAUCUGACAAUUUCAGUACAAUUUGCUGAAAAUCAAAAAGGGGAUGUUUUACAGGGGAAUCAAAUUUCUUCAUUAGAAUUUUUCUGUAAGAAAGUGCAUUUUUUGACUUUGCUGCAAUGGAAGUAAGCUUUUUCAGAGCUAUGGGAAAAUGUCUUCUGUAUUAACAUCUUUGUAAAAGUAAUUGUCAGAUGCUGCUAUGCUGCUAUUGCAUCGGUGAAUAGAUUUAUGCAUUGCUUUUUCCAAGUGACUUUAUUUGCUCACUUCUGAGUUUGGAGAAUUCACUACUGUUUUUGAAUGCCACUGUUUACCUGUGAAAAAAGUAGUCAGAUAAAGAGUUACAAGCAUAUGAUAUGCCAAGUAGAUGUAUCAUAAAGAAAAAAAAAUCUCCAGUUCAAAUACACUUGACCAAAAAACUGAUUUGAUAUUUUGACAUUCAGUAGUUUUGAGUGAAAUGUGAGUGAAAUGAAUGGGGUAUUAUAUUUCUUAUGCAGGUAAUAAAAUGGAGCAAUUUUACUGUAUGUGCACUUUUUAAAUUAUUGGUUUGGAACUUUAUACUUGCAGUGAAGUCUGUUCACAUUUCUAGAAUACAUUUUAGUAGCUUUUUCCAGAACCAAAGUAAGGGUCAAUAUAUAGCUGGCAAUUAUACAUUGAGUGCUGUUAGUUAAGGUCUUGUCAUACUCUCAGUUGUGCCAUUUUCACUUUAUACUUCAUUUCAAGUGACUCAUUUACAAUGAGAAAAUGGCUGACAGAAAAAGCACUGGUAUUGUAACCUGGGAUGGGACACUCAGAGGUGCUGCUUCUGCCUCAGAUGCCACUGUAAAUGCUGCAUUGUCACUUAACUGUUCUGUCUGUGAUGCCUAAGUCAAAACGUGGUAUAUUUACAAUGUGAGAGCACUCAGGCCAAUGAGGAUGCUUUGGUUUACAAACUAGUAUGGUUAAUUGAGUUGAAGAGUUGUAUCUGAAGAUUUCUUAUUUUAAAUUGGCAUUGUCAAUACAUUUAAACCAAAGAGUCAGUUGUGACAGCUCCACCCCUGUGUUGGACUUUUUUCAUAGUUGGCUUACAAAUCCAUAGCAAAGGAUGCCUAAUAUGUUGUGUACUGACAGGAAAGCUGCUGUCAUCUGUGGUACCAAAGUACACAGAGAGACACAAAUACAGGCAGCCUUUUAGUUUACAUCUCCUUACCAAUAUUAUUUCAGAACUCUGUAAGAAUCUACUGAGAGAAGAGUAAGUAUUUCUUUAGUUGUGAUUGUUUUGACUCUCCUGUAAAUUCCCCAGAUUUGUAUCAGUGAACUGAUUAAAUAACAAGAGGGAGGCAAGCAGCUGUGGCUUGCAAAAACCAUCCAAAUGCAGAAGCUUUUCAAGGAAUCUGAUUUUCCUUCUCCUCACAGCAAGAUUAGUUUGUAUAUCCAUUAUUGAAAAGCUUUUCUUUACUUUUAGGUAAGUUAAAACAGACUGGAUUUGUAAACAACUUUUCGUUCUGUCCUUUUAAAACUGUCUUGAAAAUGCUUUUUGGAAAGGCUCAGUGAAUGUAUUACCAUUGCAUGACUGUUUUGCAUCUAAAUUUUAUUUGUCCAAUAAUGUCAAUCAAAGUUAUAGAAUUCCUGCAGAGGUCCUAUAGAAAGAAAAUGUAGCUUAUUACUUUACAGCAUAAAUUAAGUGCUUUUAGAUGUAUAUGAAUGUUACUUAGUAACCUGAGAUUUAAUCUUUGGGGACACAGAGUUAAGAACGUGAUAUUUAGGAAAUGGAGGAAUGAAAAAAUAAAGGAAUCAUAGCCAACAUGCAUUUUUCACCUCUGGUCUACUGCAGGCAGCUUUAAUACAGAUGAGAAUUUCAGCUGUUCUUUGUCAAAUUCUUCUUGCUGUGAGUUACAUGUCUGGAAACAUGCUCUGCUGUCUCCUGCAACAGAGGAAACAAAGUCAAGUAAAAUGGUUACCUCUUCAGAGGUAUUACAAUAUGCAAUGACUAGAACUCACAUUCCAAAUGUGUGUCUGUUUGAAGGGAGUUCUUGUUUGCAUCUUGAAAUAACACAGGGAAAAGGUUCAUCCCUUUUCCAUGUUAUUCAUCUGUUUGUAAUCAUGGUUUCCUAGAACGAUGUAUCAAGUAGUCUCUCCUAUUUUGCUUCUGUGAGUCAAGGAUAUUUUAUAAUUUAAAUUAUUUUUUACCUUGAGGAACCUGGAGUGCUGUUGCACAGCAAGCUUCUAAGCCACCUGAGGCAGGGCAAUCCCAAGCACAAAAGCAGGCUGGGCAGAGAAUGGCAGGCUGGGCAGAGAAUGGAUUGAGAGCAGCCUUGAAGAAAAGGACUUGGGGGUUCUGGUGGAUGAGAGGAUGGACAUGGCCCAGCAGUGUUCACUUGCAGCCCAGAAACUCAAACAUGUCCUGGGCUGCAUCAUGUGAAGCAUGGCCAGUAUAUCUAGAGAGGUGAUUCUGCCCCUGUGUUCUGCUCUGGUAAGACCUCCCCACCUGGAGAAAUGCAUCCAGCUCUGAGGACCCCAACAUAACAGAGACAUUAAUGGUUGGAGCAAGUCCAGAGGAGCGACAUGAAGAUCGUCAGAAGGCUGGAGAACCUUGUCUAGGACAACAGGCUGAGAGAGUUGGGGUUGUUCAGCCUGGGAAAGAGAAGUCUCUGGGAGACCUUAGAGCAGUCUCUUAUUAAAUAAAGGGGGCCUUCCAGAGUGUUGGAGAGGGGUUUUGGACAAGGGCAUGUAGUGGUAGGACAAGGGAUAAUGGCUUUAAACUGAAAGAGAGUAGGUUUAGAUUAGAUACUGGAGGAAAUUCUUUACUGAGUGAGUGGUGGGGCACUGGACAAAGUUGCCCAGAGAAGUUGUGGAUGCCCUGUCCCUUGAAGGGAUGGGACUUUGAGCAACUUGAUCUAGUGCGAGGUGUCCCUGCCCAUGACAGUGGAGUUGGAACUAGAUGAUCUUUAAGGUCCCUUUCCAGCCAUUCUAUAAUAAUUAAAGGGCUGCAAGUCACCAGGAGACACUCCUUAUCAGCAUUUCCAUUUAUCUGUUGAAUUACUCUUAAGGCUUAUUUGUUCAGUAUAUCCUAAAUAGUGCAAAGUAUACAAUGUGGAUAUUUAAAAGAGAUGGUUUUCUGACAACCAUGCUUCAAUUUUUCUAGGAUUUUGUUUCUUGAAAUCUUACUUUUUCAAUUCUUCCUGAGAUGUCCCAAUCACAGUACAUUUAUAGAAUUUCUGAGAAAAUAUUUGACUAUUAAAGGCUUACUUGGCUGUUACUGCAUUAUUUGAUUUUAGUAUUCUUCUUCAGUGCUUUCCUUGACUGCAUGAUUGGAAUGCAUAAUGUAUUCUUCUACAAGUUUAAAUGAAUAGAAAAAAAAUUUAACAUUUUAAACUUAUUUUAAAAGAUUUAUAUAAAUUUCAAAUGUGUAGUCUUCAUAUGCUACUGAAAUAAAAUAGAAAAAUAGAAAUAGGAAAUUCCUUAAAAUAAAACUUAUGUUAAGUAGAUUUCUGCUAGGGCAAACUUCUAGUAGGGCCAGGGCUGUUGCCAAGACAUUCACUAUUGUACUCCUUGUUUAUCUCUGAAAUCCCCUGUACAGCCUUGCUAAUGUUCCAUUUCUGCCAACACACACAUUUACAGAGGUAGUUAUUGGAGAGGGUUGAUAAGUAUUCAGGUGUAUGUUUUUGUUAAAGUGCACACUCUGCCUCUGAUCCUGUGUCUUUUAUGUACAAAAUCCAAAUGAUCUGGACAAACCCUUCUAGAUGCAAGAGAGAGAUCUGCCCUUCCUUCUUUCCUCUCCCCCUACCUCAACAUGAGUGCUUUUUUGCAGAAAAAUAAAGGAAAAUCUGAAGGAUUUGGUCUGUAUGUCUGUCCUUUGUCGAAAAGUGGCUCUUCAUUAAUGAAACAACAGAUCCUAUGAGAGUAACAAGUAGGGUUAAAGCUUAUAUUUUAUUUCAGUUUUUUGUGCUUUGUUUCAAUAAUGAGCUGCUAGAAUUUUUUUCAUUUCCUUGCCUUGUGUCAAUUUAUGUUUUCUAUUCUCAUUAUGCAGAUUAGAUGAACUUGAAGCCUGCAGUCAAUCACAUAUUAGCCAAGUAAUAAAAAUUUUGGUUUAAAAUUU